AAUAGCAGUGAACGUAAUAAUUAUACGGUAAAUUUUUCAAUAAAUUUGUUUUGUUGUUUAAAAUAAUAAAAACUAUUUAAAAAUGCCGGGAGUGGAUAAAAGGAAAGGAGAUGAUAUCCUAUCAUUAGUUCCAGCAUCAAAACGAACUAAAAAUGAAGUAGUUUUUAGCAGUCGAGAAAAAGCUAUAGUACAAAAUGGUCCACCAAGAACUUCAUCUCUUAUGUCACCUAUUAUGCUCCUCGAAGGUCAUCAAGGAGAUAUUUUUUCAGUUGAAUUUCAUCCUGAAGGACAAUAUCUUGUAUCUACUGGGUUUGACAGACAAAUAUUUAUCUGGAAUGUAUAUGGGGAAUGUGAAAAUAUCGGUGUAUUAACCGGACACAGUGGAGCAAUUAUGGAAGUACAUUUCAGUCCUGAUGGAAAUCACUUAUACACAGCUAGUACAGAUAUGACUAUAGGUUUAUGGGACUUAAUAACUGGAACAAGAAUAAAAAAAUUGAAAGGUCAUGCAUCAUUUGUUAACUCUGUAUCUGGAGCUAGGAGAGGACCAACUCAAUUAUGCUCAGGAAGUGAUGAUAGUACAAUCAGAAUAUGGGAUCCACGAAAACGAGGGCAAUGUAAUACUCUUAAUAAUACCUAUCAGGUCACAACAGUUACUUUUAAUGACACCUCAGAACAAAUAAUCAGUGGAGGUAUAGAUAAUGAUAUAAAAAUAUGGGAUUUGAGAAAAAAUGCGGUACUUUACAAAUUAAAAGGCCAUUCUGACACAAUCACUGGUUUAAGUCUUAGUCCCGAUGGAUCUUAUAUUUUAUCAAAUGCUAUGGAUAAUUCAUUGAGAAUCUGGGAUGUCAGACCUUUCGCACCAUAUGAAAGAUGUGUCAAAAUCCUAACAGGUCAUCAACACAAUUUUGAAAAAAAUCUUUUACGAUGUGCAUGGUCUCCAGAUGGUAGUAAAGUCUCCGCAGGAUCAUCUGACCGUUUUCAUUAUAUUUGGGAUACGACUAGUAGAAGAGUCCUUUACCGACUACCUGGACAUAAUGGAUCUGUUAAUGAUGUCGAUUUUCAUCCUAAAGAACCAAUCAUUUGCUCUGGAUCGAGUGAUAAACAAAUUUAUUUAGGAGAAAUUGAAGGGUAAAAUACAUUAUAUUAAAUUUUUCAUUUUUUAAAUUAUUAAUAAUUAAUGACGAUAAUAUGAAGCAGUCGGUCAAUAAUUAAUUUUUAUUGAUAAGUCAGUUAAAUAUUCUCUAUGAAUUUAUUUAUCUAUAGAAUAUUAUUAAAUUGACAAAUUAACAAUAAAAUUUAUCA